GUGUGCGGAAAGCGCGGCGGGGCUGAGACGCGACCAGGACGCGGGGAGGACGGACCAGCAGGACAGACCGACCGGGGGCCCGGCGGGCGGAGGGCAGCGCAGCGCAGCCACGUCCCCCCUGGAUCCGCCGGCAGCCGGGCCCGGGGCUUUCGACAUGCCCCCCAGGAGAUUGUGCUGGGCAGACGAUGCUGGACACGAUGGAGGCGCCCGGCCACUCGAGGCAGCUGCUGCUGCAGCUCAACAACCAGCGCACCAAGGGCUUCUUGUGCGACGUGAUCAUCGUGGUGCAGAACGCCCUCUUCCGCGCGCACAAGAACGUGCUGGCGGCCAGCAGCGCCUACCUCAAGUCCCUGGUGGUGCAUGACAACCUGCUCAACCUGGACCAUGACAUGGUGAGCCCCGCCGUGUUCCGCCUGGUGCUGGACUUCAUCUACACCGGCCGCCUGGCCGAUGGCGCCGAGGCAGCUGCGGCGGCCGCUGUGGCCCCCGGGGCCGAGCCGAGCCUGGGCGCCGUGCUGGCCGCCGCCAGCUACCUGCAGAUCCCCGACCUCGUGGCGCUGUGCAAGAAGCGCCUCAAGCGCCACGGCAAGUACUGCCACCUGCGGGGCGGCGGCGGCGGCGGCGGCGGCUACGCACCCUACGGGAGGCCGGGCCGGGGCCUGCGGGCCGCCACGCCCGUCAUCCAGGCCUGCUACUCCUCCCCGGCCGGGCCUCCGCCGCCGCCCACCGCCGAGCCGCCGUCGGGCCCCGAGGCCGCAGUGAACACGCACUGCGCCGAGCUCUACGCCUCGGGCCCCGGCCCGGCCGCCGCGCUCUGCGCCCCGGAGCGCCGCUGCUCCCCGCUCUGCGGCCUGGACCUGUCCAAGAAAAGCCCGCCGGGCUCCGCGCCUCCCGAGCGGCCGCCGGGCGAGCGCGAGCUGCCCCCGCGCCCAGACAGCCCUCCCAGCGCCGGCCCCGCAGCCUACAAGGAGCCACCGCUCUCCCUGCCGCCCCUGCCGCCGCUGCCCUUCCAGAAGCUGGAGGAGGCCGGACCGCCUCCGGACCCGUUCCGCGGCGGCGGCGGCAGCCCGGGACCCGAGCCCCCCGGCCGCCCCGACGGGCCCAGCCUCCUCUACCGCUGGAUGAAGCACGAGCCAGGCCUGGGUAGCUACGGCGACGAGUUGGGCCGCGAGCGCGGCUCCCCCAGCGAACGCUGCGAGGAGCGCGGCGGCGACCCGGCCGCCUCGCCCGGGGGUCCUCCGCUCGGCCUGGCGCCGCCGCCGCGCUACCCGGGCAGCUUGGACGGGCCUGGCGCGGGCGGCGACGGCGACGACUACAAGAGCAGCAGCGAGGAGACGGGCAGCAGUGAGGACCCCAGCCCGCCCGGCGGCCACCUCGAGGGCUACCCGUGCCCGCACCUGGCUUACGGCGAGCCCGAGAGCUUCGGCGACAACCUGUACGUGUGCAUCCCCUGCGGAAAGGGCUUCCCCAGCUCGGAGCAGCUGAACGCGCACGUGGAGGCGCACGUGGAGGAGGAGGAGGCGCUGUACGGCAGGGCCGAGGCGGCGGAGGUGGCUGCGGGGGCCGCCGGCCUCGGGCCCCCUUUCGGAGGCGGUGGGGACAAGGUCGCUGGGGCCCCGGGGGGCCUGGGCGAGCUGCUGCGGCCGUACCGCUGCGCGUCGUGCGACAAGAGCUACAAGGACCCUGCCACGCUGCGGCAGCACGAGAAGACGCACUGGCUGACGCGGCCCUAUCCGUGCACCAUCUGCGGGAAGAAGUUCACGCAGCGCGGGACCAUGACGCGCCACAUGCGCAGCCACCUGGGCCUCAAGCCCUUCGCGUGCGACGCGUGCGGCAUGCGCUUCACGCGCCAGUACCGCCUCACCGAGCACAUGCGCAUCCACUCGGGCGAGAAGCCCUACGAGUGCCAGGUGUGCGGCGGCAAGUUCGCCCAGCAACGCAACCUCAUCAGCCACAUGAAGAUGCACGCCGUGGGCGGCGCGGCCGGAGCGGCCGGGGCGCUGGCGGGGCUGGGGGGGCUCCCCGGCGUCCCCGGCCCCGACGGCAAGGGCAAGCUCGACUUCCCCGAAGGCGUCUUCGCUGUGGCGCGCCUCACAGCCGAACAGCUGAGCCUGAAGCAGCAGGACAAGGCGGCCGCGGCCGAGCUGCUGGCCCAGACCACGCACUUCCUGCACGACCCCAAGGUGGCGCUCGAGAGCCUCUACCCGCUGGCCAAGUUCACCGCCGAGCUGGGCCUCAGCCCCGACAAGGCGGCCGAGGUGCUGAGCCAGGGAGCGCACCUGGCCGCCGGCCCCGACGGCCGGACCAUCGACCGUUUCUCCCCCACCUAGAGCGCCUCUUGCCGCCGCGUGGCCCCGGCCCGUGCCCCCGGGCGGCGGCGGCGGCGGCGGCCACCAGCAGGCAGGCACACCGCGCCCGACGACUGUAGUAGCAGCCGCAGCGUCGCCGCAGGGGCGGCGGCCCCACCUGGCCUCACUGCUUUGUGCCUUAGCCCCGGGGGUGGGGGUGGGGAGAA